GGGUUAGAGGGAGGUACCAUGAAGAUUACAGUUGCCACCUUUUCCCUGCUGCUGGUCCUGGCCCUGUGCAGCCAGUAUGCUGAAGGCUGCCUUGGAUUUUAUACCACUUUCGCUGUCCUGGCCUCAAGGAGUCCUGAGCUGCUAGAACUGGACCUCUUAAAAUAUAACCCUACUACAGCUGAGAUUCAAGCCUUCAAAAAGAUACAGGAGUGUUAUCAAGAAAGUCCCUUGAAAUCAACAUUCCUGGAUGCAUCAUUCCUGAUAAGCAUCAGCCUAAGUCAGGAAUGCUUGGAAAGCCUAAAAACACCCUUCUUUUAGCAUGAAUAAUGAACCCCUGGGUUUCCUCUGGACAACAUACCCAGUUACUGCCAAUUCUGCUCACCUCAUACCUACUCUGGAUCCAGCUCAGCUCCUGUAGAGAUCCUAGGCCACAAGACACUACCCAGCAGGGAUGAUCAUAGACGCUGAUGAUUCUAAUAAAGCAAA